GAGAGAGCUGCACCCAGUCUCCCUUAGAUGUCUGUUCUCCUCCUUGGCCAGACCAUACAGAAUGUUUCUCUUGGGUAUAAUUUUUAUGACUUUCCUCAUUUCUCAGAUUAAAGAAAAGAUGAUCCUUGGAGCACAGAGCCAAGAACUGGUUCAUCCCAGAAAGCUUACUCUGAAGCAUAAGCGUGAUCUUGGACAAGAACAUAAUUUUGAUGUACUGGAGGGGUAUGAAGAAGAAUUGCUGUAUGAAAUAAAACUAGGUCAAAAAACCUUAAUUCUUCACCUUUUGAAAUCAAGGGAGUUCCUAGCCUCAAAUUACAGUGAAACAUACUAUACACCAAGUGGACAAGCUCUCACCAAGCAUCCUCAUAUCAUGGAUCACUGCUUCUACCAAGGCUCCAUCAUACAUGAGCCUAACUCAGCUGCCAGUAUCAGCACAUGCAGUGGUCUGAGGGGUUUCUUCAGAGUAAAUGAUCAGCGGUAUCUCAUUGAACCAGUGAAGAACUCAGACGAGGGAGAGCAUUUGGUGUUCAAGUACAACGUGCAAUGGUCACAUGCUGUCAACUAUUCUUGCAUAGAGCUCAGUAAUGGUCAGAACACUGUUCCAAUGGAUACUAAAUAUAAGGCAGACAGACAAGUGGAAAGCUUCCUCAAAGAAAAGUAUAUUGAGCUGUUCAUUGUUGCUGAUGAAUAUGUGUAUCGCAGGAAUAAUAAGCCUCACAGUAAACUGAGGAAACGAAUUUGGGGAAUGAUCAAUUUUGUCAACAUGAUUUACAAAACCUUGAACAUUCAUGUGACAUUGGCUGGUAUUGAAGCAUGGACAGACAAAGAUAAAAUAGAAAUAGAUUCAAAUAUAGAAACUACCCUACUACACUUUUCAAAUUGGCAAGAAGCAGUCCUUAAAAAAAGGAAGAAAUUUGAUCAUGUUAUGUUACUGAGUGGGAGGUGGCUCUACACACGUGGGCAAGGAAUUGCUUAUCCAAGGGGAAUGUGUCUGCCCUAUUUUUCAGCCAGUAUCAUUAAGGAUCUUCUGCCUGACAUCAAUGUAGUUGCAAACAGAAUGGCACAUCAGUUGGGUCAUAACCUUGGGAUGGAACACGAUGAAUUCCCAUGCACCUGUCCUUUGGGAAAAUGUGUGAUGGAUGAUAGUGGAAGCAUUCCUGCAAUAAAAUUCAGUAAGUGCAGCCAAACACAGUACCAGCAAUUCCUGAAGAAACAUAAACCAUUGUGCAUAUUCAAUAAUCCAUUUCCUGCCAGCUUUAAUGAUUUGCCAUUUUGUGGAAACAAGAAGGUGGAUGAAGGAGAAGAGUGUGAUUGUGGCCCUGUUCAGGAAUGCACUAAUCCUUGCUGUGAUGCACAGAAAUGUAUGCUGACGCUGGGCUCCAGUUGUGCAGAAGGUGAAUGCUGCGAGUCUUGUCAGAUGAAGAAAGAAGGGGCCACUUGCAGACCAGCAAAAAAUGAAUGUGAUAUUCCUGAACUGUGUACUGGCCACUCUCCUGAGUGUCCUAAGAACCAAUUCCGAGCUAACGGGUUUCCUUGCAAGAAUGCAGAAGGCUAUUGCUUUAUGGGAGAAUGCCCUAAUCGGGAUGACCAGUGCUCUCAACUGUUUAAUGAGGGAUCACAAGAGAGUGACGAUAUCUGCUACAGGAUGAAUAAAAGAGGAAACAAAUUUGGGUACUGCAAGAAGAAGGGAAGCAAAUUUAUUUCCUGUCAGGAGAAAGAUGUCAAAUGUGGAAAGAUAUACUGUACGGGAGGGCAACACUUGUCACAUCUCGGGGAGGACAAGCUCUUUCACCUCAAGAAUCCAAAGCAAAACACCACCCUCCAAUGCAAAACUAUAUUCUUACUCCAUAAAGCUAAAGACAUCGGUCUGAUUAACCCUGGAACAAAAUGUGGAGCUGGAAAGGUGUGCAGCAAUGGUGAAUGCGUGCCAAAGGAAAUGCUCUACAAUUCAGCCAAGUGUUCUCAGUGUGAUGCAAAUCAUGUAGAUGGUCAUGAACCUGAAUGCGAGUGUGAUGAAGGACAGAUAAUUACAGCCUGGGGAGAAACCAUCAAUCUCACCAGUAUCUCCAUCAUGACUGUUGUGCUUGCCAUAGUUAUGACUGGGGCUAUCACAUUAUUAAUUCGUCAUCAGAAAUGCAUUAAAUUGAAGCAAGUUCAGAGCCCUCCUGCAGAAACACUAGGGGUGGAAAAUAAAGGAUAUUUUGGUGAUGAGCCACAGACAAGGAUGGAGCCAGUCUUUCCAGAUGUUCAUCCUCUACAUGAGAGAACUGCAGAACUCUUGGAGAACCUUCCAUCCAGCUUUUCAAGUCCCCACUACAUCACGCUGAAAUCCGCAAGGAUUGACUCAACAGGAACUAAGGAUCCCGAUCAGAGUGCCACGGGGAGCUCAACAUUGAACAUCCAAAACGGCAGUGCAAAGCUGGGCUGAGGAACUUCACGGCAAGACUUUAAUAAACUUCCCUAGAUUAGAUGCCUGUUAAACAUAUUGCAGUAAUCUUUCAAAUAAGGUUUAUCAAGAUAGGAAAUGUUUAAGAAAAAAAUAAUUUCUUUCUGCUAAUAUUUACUGGUAA